CCGGCCACUGCCCUUCGCAACAUUACACCUAUCGGCAAACAGUGCGCGAGACAGUAGCCAAGUUACUAUACGCACAUUUUCACGUAAUUCUUCGGCUUCGAGCGCACGGUACUCGUGUAGGCGAUCUUAAUCUCGGUUUCUCAUGGCAAGAUAGCGGAAGCACCGAUCGUGACAUUUCGUAUUAUCGACUCGAGGAAGAGGUGAAGAACGGGGGCGGAGGGCACAACGCGCGGCGAGCGCGACGGGACUACCUGACGUAUACGUUCAAACGUGACGUAGGGGGGGCGAUAGGGUGUUGGCCGUUCAGGUAGGGACGCUUUCGAACGCGUGUGGCAAACAUUUCGUAACAACAACGCGGUGGAGGAAGAGUGCUCCUCUCGCGUAUCUCUUGAAAGAAUACAUACGAAAAUUCACAAUCGUAUACACGUCCAUUUAAUACGCGCCCAUGCCUCUUCUCUCAUUCUUCGUCAAUAAUCGGUAAAGAAACUAUCAGCCUGCGCGGGAACCAACGAAGAAGACUUUCGCUUUUAUCUCAUUUAUCGCGAAGUGACAGGGAAUUUACCGCGUUUCCUCGUAACGGAAAGUGACAGUUUAACGUGACGUUUAAAGUCACACCUGUGUGAAUCUAUCGCGCGAAGAAUGGCCAUGCGUAGACAACACGCGUUCAUAGGACGCGUUGCUGUUUGUUGCUACUUCUACGUCUUGUUGACGGACAUCGUCGCGCUCGCCCAAGACUCUAUGUCUGGUAGCCGAUACUACGGACGUGACGGUGUGUAUGUACCACCACGAGACGCGUUCGAUAGGACUUAUAUAUAUAAGGAUAGAAGGUACGGAUAUCGGCCCAGCUACCUGGAUCCUAUUUACAGAGGACCUACAAGGGCACCAGAGGAUAGAUAUCUUUACGAUGAGACAACAGCAAGACUUCCAUUACCAGGAAUAUUGGGUGGCUGGCGCGAAGAUCUUCAAGGCAGAGAAAGACCAGAUUCUAAAAAUUUUAGAGACAGAGAUGUAAUAGUGAAUACAAAUUAUGGCCAAGUUCAAGGCUUCAAAGUUCGACUGUAUGAUGAUCCAAAUGCAAGGCAUAGGCCUUGGAAUCUGGCAGUAGAAAGAGUCACAAAAAGUGUCGAUGUAUUUUUGGGUAUUCCUUAUGCUAUGCCACCUACAAAAGAAGGCCGCUUCAAACCUCCUAGACCACACAGAGGAUGGCAACUUUUACAAGCUAUUGAUUGGGGACCAGCAUGUCCUCAGCCUAGCGAAUAUACUGGGGCUACAAAAGGUGUACGAGAUGUUGAUGAAGAUUGCUUAUAUUUGAAUAUAUUUACACCUUCUAUUGGUUCUGGAUUAGCAAACAAAUAUACAGUGAUGUUUUAUAUACAUGGUGGUGAAUUUACUCAUGGGGCUAGUAAUUUGUUUCCAGCUCAUAUAUUAGCUGCCUUUUACAAUGUUGUAGUAGUAUCAAUAAAUUAUCGUCUUGGUGCUCUUGGAUUUUUAAGUACUGGUGAUGAGAAUAGUCCUGGAAAUUAUGGAAUUCUUGAUCAAGCUAUGGCAUUACGAUGGGUAUAUGACAAUAUAGCCAUUUUUAAUGGAAAUCCUGACUCUAUAACACUUUUUGGAUCAGGUGCUGGAGCAGCAAGUGCGGGAUUAUUAAUGGUUGCGCCUAGAACUCGACAUAUGGUAUCAAAAGUAAUAGCACAAUCAGGUUCAGCAUUAGCUGAUUGGGCAGUGACAAUAGAUAAGUAUCGAGUACAAAAUACGUCUCGGGUAUUUGCAGAAAUGCUUGGCUGUAGUAUAGAGAGCAGUUGGAAAUUAGUGCAAUGCCUAAAAGAUGGACGUAGUUUCCUUGAAUUGGGAAAUUCCGAAUUGAAACCACAUGUUGGAAUGUUUCCAUGGGCACCUGUAUUAGAUAUAAACUUUACAAUACCUCAAGAUAAUUGGUAUGAGGAUUGGAGAGCAUCUGACUGGCGUUUUUUUGCAGAAACACCGGAAGAGAGUAUUAAAGCUCGUAAAUAUAGAAGAGAUUUAGCGUACAUGGCUGGUGUCACAACUCAGGAAGCAGCAUUUAUUAUAAAGAAUAAUAUUACAUUAGCGAGAAAUCGAUAUAUAAUAAAUUCUGAGUUAUUCGAUCAAAAAGUUUGGGAAUUAGUCUUACAGUAUAAUUAUACUCUAAAUCCACAAGGUGUCCACGAAGCAAUAAAGUAUAUGUAUACAUAUUGGCCAGAUCCAACAAAUGUUACACACAUACGUGAUCAAUAUAUAAAUCUCUUAUCAGAUUUCCAUUAUGUUGCACCAUUUGAUAAAAUAGCAAAGCUCUUAGUGGAGAGACACGUACCAACCUACUUAUAUGUUCUAAAUACCUCGAUAGAAGCGCUUCAUUCGCCGGAAUGGGCUAGAGUACCUCAUGAUACAGAACUUCUGUGGCUAACAGGAGCACCAUUUAUGGACUCUGAAUUUUUCCCACAAAAGUGGAAAUUAAGUCGAGAUAUGUGGACCGACAAUGAUCGUAAUAUGAGUCGCUUCUUCAUGGAGGCAUACUCUAAUUUUGCAAAAUAUGGAAAUCCGACGCCUUCACAAAUUUUGGGAUUACAUUUUGAUCUCGCUCGUCAUGGACAAUUACGAUAUCUCAAUAUCAAUACAACAUUUAACAGCUCUAUUCAAAUAAACUAUCGUCAAACGGAGAGCGCGUUCUGGUCUAUGUAUUUGCCAACCGUUAUCGGUUAUCUUGUUCCUACAUAUCCUCCUGUUACCGAAUAUUGGUGGGAACCUAAACAGCCGCUGCAAAUCGCAUUUUGGUCAAUGUCAACAGCAUGUUUGCUGUUACUUGUACUCUCUGUGGUGUGCUGUAUGCUUUGGCGUAAUGCCAAAAGACAAUCUGAUCACUACUAUAGCGGAGACAUCCUGAUGGUACGAGAGGAUGAGCAUUCCGAGGGAAUCGAGAAUUUAACGCGUGCCUCUAAAGAAAAUAUAUACGAAUAUCGUGAUGUACCAGUAAAAUCCAGAAUACCACGUCAAAACGAAGGAAGAUUACAAGAACGUCUAGCACAUAACAGAAAAUUUAGUUCUACACCCUCAUUACGUAGUAAUUCUAAUGUCUCUUUGAAAGAUAUGAGAUCGGAAGGUUUUGUCACAAGCUCGCCUAAUGGUCAGCCUAAAUUAACAAAAACAAUGAGUCAAUCUACACUGCCGAAAGCUAAAAGUAAGACGCUUUUAGUACAAGGAGUACCACAAACAGCUGUUUAAUAAUUAAGUUACCAUUACACAAAUCGACAUUUAUUUAAUUUAUUUUUUAUAUCUAGGUUUUUAUAAUUAUAUUAAUUUUAAAAGAUCAAAUUAUUUGUUCUCAUAUAUAAUGCCAUAUAAAAUUAAGUUAAAAUUUUUAAAGACAAUUUUAUAUGCAGUUGUGAAAAUUGGGAAAAAUGUA